AUGUCCUGCUCCAGCCUGUGUGCCCCUUGCGGCUUGGCCUCCACGGCCCCUCUGGCUGACACCUCCAACGAGCCCUCUGUGAGGCAGUGCCCUGACUCCACGGUGGUCAUCCAGCCCCCGGUCACGGUGGUCACCUUCCCCGGGCCCAUCCUCAGCUCCUUCCCGCAGCAGAGCUCCGUGGGCUCGGCAGGAGCUCCUUUCGUCGGAGGCGGCUCCAGUGGACGCCGUGGGGGCUCCGGAGGCUCCGGGGGCUAUGGGGGCUCUGGUGCCUGGGGAUGUUAUGGAGGUUCUGGGGGCUAUGGAGGUUUUGGGGGCAGCUGUGGUGGCUACAAAGGCUGCGGGCCCUGCUAA